AUGGGCUGGUUCACUAACAGAAAACCAAUAGACGACCAGACGAAGCCUCUCAGCAAGGCCUCUCGCAAGCAGUGCUGGGACAGCCGAGACAGCUUCUUCGCCUGUCUGGACAAGAUCGGCGUGGAAAACGCUCUAGACCCGGAAAACGCUGCCCAAAUCCAAACACACUGUGCCAAACAGGAGUCAACUUUCAACAACGACUGUGCUACGAGCUGGAUCAAGUACUUCAAAGAGAAACGCGUUGUCGACAUUAAAAGAGAACGAAUGAUCGCCAAGCUAGAAAGCGAGGGAGCACAGCGGGUCGACUUGGGGUACGUGGGGUCUGCUGCCACGCCACCAUCUCAUCGCAAGUGA